ACUACUACUCUCAUUGCACCCUCAGUGUUCAAACGUUGCCUACUAGGACGUAAUCGCAGAACGUGCUGCUUAAACCUUAUCAGUGAGAUAUAUAUUAGAGAUUUGUUUGUUUUUUUCGAGUAUUUGUAUUUAUUUUUGAGUCUAGUUUAACCAAGGAACCAGCUAUUUUGCGAUGGCAAAGGGAGAAGGAGGGGAACAAUACUCCAACGCCAGUCUGUUGAAUAAAGCGAUCAACUCGGAUGAAUUAAAACUCAACAGGAAGCAUGAGCAUCGAAACAGGUUGUCAAUCUGCAACAAAAUCUGCUAUGCCAUUGGCGGUGCGCCCUACCAGAUCACCGGAUGUGCCUUGGGCUUCUUCCUGCAGAUCUAUCUACUUGAUGUAGCUCAGUUGGAUCCCUUCUAUGCCUCCAUAAUCUUGUUUGUCGGCCGAGCCUGGGACGCAAUAACGGACCCCACAGUGGGCUUCCUGGUCUCCCGAAGCCCAUGGACAUGUGCUGGACGAAUGCUACCCUGGAUCCUGUUCUCAACCCCUCUGGCAGUGAUUUCUUAUUUCCUUAUAUGGUACGUUCCUCCCUUUGAAAAUGGCAAAGUCAUCUGGUACCUAUUCUUCUACUGCCUCUUCCAAAGCCUUCAAACUUGCUUCCAUGUGCCAUACUCUGCCCUCACCAUGUUCAUCAGCACAGAGCAGAAGGAGCGAGACUCUGCCACUGCAUACAGGAUGACGGUGGAGGUUUUGGGCACCUUGAUUGGCACAGCUAUCCAGGGCCAGAUUGUCGGCAUGGCCAACGCUCCGUGCCUCCCAGGACCCGGUGACAUCGUGGCGGACCUGAGCAAUGUCUCAGUGUCUGCUGGUUUCAAUGAGUCAGAGCAUGGUAUUUCCCUGGAGCACACGAAAACGGCCUACAUGAUUGCUUCUGGUGUCAUCUGCUUGAUCUACGUCAUCUGUGCCAUUGUUUUAUUCUUUGGUGUGAGAGAACAAAAAGAAUCUUGUCGAAUCAGGGCAGAGCCCAUGUCCUUCUUUCAAGGGAUUAGGCUGGUGAUGGGACACGGGCCCUAUGCCAAACUGGUCAUGGUCUUCCUCUUCACCUCACUAGGUUUCAUGCUCCUGGAGGGAAACUUUGCUCUGUUCUGCAGCUCCACGCUGGGUUUCAGAAACGACUUCCAGAAUAUUCUGCUAGUUAUCAUGGUCUCGGCUACUCUGGCCAUCCCCUUCUGGCAGUGGUUCCUGACUCGAUAUGGUAAAAAGACGGCGGUUUACGUUGGCAGCUUGUCUGUAGUUCCUUUCUUGAUCAUGGUGGUCUGUGUAAAGAGUAACCUGAUUGUCAGCUACACCGUCUCCUUCUUUGCUGGAGUUGGAGUAGCUUCAGCCUUCUUGCUCCCCUGGUCCAUGCUGCCUGACGUUGUCGAUGACUUCCAAGUGCAAAACCCAGAAUCCACCGGCCACGAAGCUCUCUUCUAUUCUUUCUACGUCUUCUUCACUAAGUUCGCGUCUGGGGUGUCUUUGGGCGUCUCCACUCUCAGCUUAGACUUUGCAGGAUACAUCUCUAGAGGUUGCUCUCAACCACCAGCAGUGGACUUAACCUUGAAAUUGCUGGUUUCGGCAGCCCCUGUAGCCUUCAUCUUAAUCGGCCUGGGAAUCUUGUACUCCUAUCCCAUCGAUGAGGAGAGGCGGCAAGGCAACCGCAAACUGCUACAAGAACAGAGGGACAAUGAAGCCGAUUCAGAAACGGACUCAGCAGAGCUGGUCAACAUGAUCUAGCACAUUGUUGAGAGUCCCACGGACCAAUCGGGUGAUCAACUGGCAUUUUGCACUGGGCGAGACCAACGGACCGAGGGCUGUCGGAUCGCACCGACACUGCCUUGUCCAGCCAGUUUGCUGCUGUUCCACGUACAACACUUGAUCGACUCAAAAGCGUUAACUGUGCGAGCCACGUUGAGGCCUUUCUGAAGACAAAACGUCCGACCUUCAGUAUUUGUGACGUUCUCCUAGCAUGACACCCUUCUCUUUACAUCGAGGUCUCAAUAAGCCUUACUUUUUGUAUAACAUACUACUUUGGAGUACUGUAGGAAACUUUUUUUCUGUUUUGUUUUUUUUUUUAAAGGUUGGUCUUGUUUUGAGUUGAAAUUGCACAAACAGAGAAAUUGUUUUGAACAUGUUGUGACGACGUUAUUGGUGCUAAUAACUGGAACAGAGUGGUUUCCACCGUUGUACACAGAACACUGAGCAUUAAUGACCCAGAGUACUAUGCUGAAAACAUCUUUUGAGUUCUGACAUGUAAACAUUGAAGGAAACUGAAACAGCGCCUUAAUUUCUGCCUCGUUUCGGAGUUAAAAAUCCAAAACAGACAAAACUGCCAUAAGUGUGUGCCACUUGGUGUGUAUUUUAAACUUGUUUAAGUGUGUUGUAAUUUCAGUAUCUCCUCGUAGUUUACAGAAACCAGUCAAGCUAGUCUUUUCUUUUUUUUAAGUCUUCCCACUGCCUCUGGUUUGUUUUCUUUUAGAGGAUGCUGUAACGUCAUCAUAACAGCUGUACUCUGAGGGGGCAUCAGAACGCCCACCUAGCAGAGUUGAAACCACUACAAAAGUCAGUUUGCACAAAUAUCUGAAAAGCUUAUCCAGCCAAUCUCUUUACUCUAUUAUCGUAUUUAUAGGACAGCUACUGAAGACGGCAUUUUCCUCUAAAUGCUUUAAUUUACGUUAAUAUUCAGCAAAGUGGUCGCUAAAGCCGGUACAAAUUUAGAAAUAUAUAAUUAUUUAAUUAUUUAUUAGUUUUGGUUUUACAGGUUUUUUUUUUUUCUUUCCAGUUCAUGUUUGCUGAAACGUCAUGCUUUUUGCAGUAUUUAAAUCUAUACGAGGCUUGUAUAGUUGUUCUAACUCACCUAGAGUUUUAAAGUUGAAGACAAGGAGGUCGGAGGCAAAUUUUAAAACAUUCAGUCACCUUUUAAUGCAUGUUGCCAUGGCUACAAUCUUAACUCUAUAUGCAUUUAAAAAGGGAAGCACAUAAUUGUAUGAAAAAUGAGAUGGAAAAGUGAGCUUGUAUUUGGGAGUUGUCUUUUUAUGUUUAACCUUUUGCUUGUGAACAUUUAUUGAAAAAACAAUCCCUGUCCUAAAAAUGAGGAUUGACACCUUUCAUAUCAAUUGAUAUGGAAACUGUAUAUGCAGUGCCAUAUGUUAUACAUACUGUUACAUCUUCAACAUGACAACUGAGUUGCCGAUGUGAAAUUAUUUCAUUUACUUCCCUUUCUUUAUGUCCUGAAGAGGAUACUGUAUUUUACGUGCCAACAUGUCGUUUUCCCUCACUAACCCUGUAAUUGUUGUACAGCAUGUAAAUCUCAUCUUGUUUUAUUUAGUCAGUGCAUUGUGUUUUAUGGAGUUGUCAGUGCACGUCCCUCAUGACUGAGGCUGUAGCCAAAUAUGUGAGCAUUAAUUCCACAGGGACAGACUGAAGCCUUGUGUACAUGCCUCUUGUGCAUAUGUAAAUAUGUGUAAAACUGUAAAUACCUUUUGAUAUUUGUGGCUGCCCGUGAACCUAUGAACACUGUAAUGUAGUUAUUUAAGAAAAAAAGAUGUGAUGGAAAAAUGUGCAUUGAAAAUAAAUGCAUAUUAAGCGUA